UGCCAGUUGAGCCAAGAUGGAGGCUCUACUUUGGCUUUACUGUGUUUUGUGCUUAGUUUGCUACCGCUGUGCUGCGCUCCAAGUGCAGAGACAGAGUUUGAGUUCAAGCUCAUUGAUUGGAAAUCUACCACCAGUGGACAGUUACAUUGAUGUACCUUGGCUGGCAUCUAUGCCUGGAAAUUGCCAGGGUAUUGUUCUGACUCCAUGGCUGAUUCUUUCCACAGCUAACUGUCUGAAGAAAUCGAAACUCUCACACCUGGACAUUUCAGGAGUAAAUGACCCAGAAAGCAUUCCACACGGUCAAAAAAUUUGCCUCCAUCCAAAGUUUGAUCCUCAAGAUGAAAACGAUCCAUUGAAAGCAGAUAUUGGCCUGGUCAUCCUUGAAGAGCCUCUCUAUGGGGAUGAGAUACCAAUAUCUCAGUCCCCUAAUAUAUCCUUAAAAAGCUGUUCUAAGUGCCAAUACAGAAGUUGUGAAGUGUAUGAAUAUCAGAGUAGCAAGAAGCUUGGAACCACACGAGUAAAGAAGAUAGCUGUGCAGCUGCUAGACUUCUCAACAUGCCACCAUCAGCAUUCCUAUCUGGAGAAGAUUGAGGGCUUGUGUAUUCAGAGUCAACCACGGGAAGACUGCUGGAUACAGAGAGCCAGUCCUGUUCUAUGUCUCCUAAAGAACCACUGGGAACUGGUAGGCCUCACACACAAGACUUCAAGGAUAUGUCAAAAUCCCACAGUCAUCAUUAGAACAGCUCCUUACUUUUCCUGGAUGAAACGAUUCAUCAAAGCAUCUAAGAAGCUACUAAAUCCUACUUCUUCCUUACACUGUAGGACAUUGCAGGAAAAUGAGCAUGUCCCCCAGAUCAGACAUGGCCAUAAUUAUAUUCCAACCCUGGCUUCUCCUAAUAUCUCCUUGAGGUCUUUUCAAGAAAACUCAGGCAUUUCUCCACAAACCAAACGUGUCAAAGAUCUAACACUCUUUAAUUUUAGUAAUGUGAAUUCUAUUACUAAUGUACAUAAAUUGUCCCUUGACAAAAGCCAAACCUCAAAAGCUGUCAGGCUUCCAGCUGAGCAAAUGAAGUCAUUGCCUGGUGCUAGACUUCCAGAAAACUCUGGACAGAAUUUAAUUCAUCAAGUUACCCUUUCGCAUAAUGCAGGCAAUUUAUAUAAAUAUCCAUUAUCUCAGCUUGUUUCUGAACCAGUUAUGUCAUAUCCUUCUCCUAAGGCUGAUGGAGCUAAACCCUGGGGUUUUCAAUCGGAUAAUCCUGAUCAAUCUUUUGAUAAAAUCAUGGCUGACAUAAUUAAACAAUGGAGUCCAUCUGUAGAUGAUGAAACGGAGCCUGUCCAUUCCCAUGAGGCUAGUACAACUGAUGAUUCUUUGUCAGGAAAUGCUUCUCAUUUCGAUGAAUAUGCAAACAUUUUGAAAGCUAUGCAAAAUCAAUCUCAGCAUCAACACACAACUCAGACCAACAUAGGACCAAAUUUUUCUUUAGCUGAAAAAGAGAUACCCUGGGUAUUUUUUACUUCAAGUGGAGCUGUUAACAAAACAGGUCUGCCCAUAGACUCCCUACUAGCAAAUAAAACUUUGGAUCUCUCUAUUUUUGAAAGUAGAAGGAUUCCUAAACCAAGUGGUACAGUCGAGCCUGGGAGUUCUCCCUCUAAGUCUAAAGCAAAUGUUCAAGAUCAACUAGUUAUUGAUUCAGUAAGAUCUCAGAAUCAUCCUGUGUCUGAUGCAGAUAAAUUCCAGAUUGUACCAAUGGUCAACUUAGGUACACCCUCAACUUCUAAAGUGGCUACCUAUGCAUCUUUGUCUAACGAUCUUGAGGCUAAAACCCCACCAUACCAAAUUCCAUACAGUACACUACCAUCACAAGGCCAGUCUUCAUUUAAGGACCUGAUACAGCCUACAGUUGAAACUCAACCAUUACUGAAAACUGAAUCUGAGAAAGCUGGACACCAAGAGCAUUAUUGAAGCUCAUAUGUUUAUUGAGAAUAGUUACCUUUACUCCCCUGGAAAAACUUAUAUCCUCAUUUGAAAUGUUAUUUGUCCUUUUCAAAAUAUUAAAAUAAAAACAAACUAA